AUGGCUAGGAGACCGCUGACAGAAAGAUCCGCCCAAGGGUGGAAUCAACAGCCCGGAAGAAGGAUGGGCGGCUCACAGAAACGUGUGUAUGGUAAAGGGAGCACUGCCUCGUCCAGGGCUGUGCUAAGCGAGCAAUUUCUUGACGAGAAUGAAGUCGACCAGCAAAAUGUUCAGGGUGGUCAUGGAAAGGCAGUGUCUCCUUUGUCCUCCUCCUUAUCAUCUGCCUUGUCGUACACUCUGUCACUUGAAGAUGGUGCCAAGCAUGUAUCCCCUGCCCCUGCUGGUUCUGUUUCGGAAAAGGGCAAAGAAGUCCAGAACCUUCUGGUUGUCGACUCAACGGCCGCCACUUACAUUUCCCCUUUGCUUGCUGAAUGUGACAAGCCGAAAGGCCUCUAUGAUUUCCUGACCUGGGCAGAGAAGGCAGCGAAGACCUUCAAGGUCACAAAAGUGGCAGAAGGCUCAUACGGUGAAGUCUUCAAGCUGGAAAAGAAAGACAUGCCUUCUGAGAGAUCUGUUCCCACCCCCGAACACGGGCAACAGGCCCAAGGUAGUAGCAUCUUCAAACUAAUUCCGCUCCGACCCAAGUCCAGCAAGUCAGCCAAACAGACAAGUCUGGAGAGUCUUGUCCGUGAAGUACAAAUGCUCAAACUCAUGGAUCCCGUUCCCGGAUUUGCGCGCUUCAAAGGCCUCAAGGUGCUGCGGGGAUCUUAUCCUCCAUCUUUUGGCGAAGCUUACUACUAUCACAAAGCCAGGAGGCCGAGCGAUUCCCAGAACCCUCGACCAUCAACAUACCGAGAUAAGCAGCUGUGGGCCCUGAUCGAAAUGGACGAUGCGGGCGAAGACCUAGAGAACCUAAAAUCACCAUCGGUAUACCAGAUCUUCGACAUCUUCUGGCUCACCUGCUGUGCUCUGUCUUACGGGGAAGAAGAGGCAGCAUUCGAGCACCGAGAUCUCCACAUCGGCAACAUCUGCAUCAAGCCCACGACAACACGCAGCAGCACUACGAAGACCCCUGCAAACACUCUACCCGACGCCAACCUCCCGCCCACAACCAGCUUCGGCCGCUCCUCGCUCAACGUCACGAUAAUAGACUACACCCUCUCCCGCGCCACCACCGCCACCAGCAGCAGCAGCAGCAAUGAAGCAUCCUCCCCAAACUCCAGCAAAUCCUCCUCCGCGCCCCCAGUCACCACGAAACCCAGCAUAAUAUACACCCCGCUCCCGCCCAACUCCUCCAUCUUCACCCAAUCCACCAGCCGUCACCCCGUCCCCAACCCCACCCUACAGCGCCAAAACUCAACCUACCGCGCCAUGCUGCGCCACGCCCAAAGCGUCGAAGCGCGCUCACGAGCAGAAGACCCCAGUCGCGAAAACCGAAAGAGAGAUAUGUGGCAACGCUUCAUGCCGCGCACGAACGCGCUCUGGUUGGCCGCCUUGCUCUGGACGCUGCUGCGUCGAUUCGAGCAGGGGGCUGAGCGUGGUGGUGGUAGUAAGAGUGUUGGUAGUGGUGGGAAUGAUGAUGCAGGUGAGGAGGGGAGGGAGAGGCUGGUUCUGGCCGGAUUGAGGAGCUUGCUUGAUUUACUAGACGGGGAGGAGAUGCUAGACAGCGCUGGGGCAGUUGUCCUCGCCGCGAUAGAGAGGGGGUUAUUGCAGAGGCGGGAUUGGGAUGGCGUUAGGGCGUGCUUGGAUGGGGAUGCGGACUCUGGUUCAUGCUCGGCUACGAAAUGA